ACCUUGCUCCUGCUGCCAACACGGCGCAACCGCUGGAACCUCACCCGCGAGCUUUGCCCGCCCUGUAUCCGUAAUCUGACGAAGCUCCCGUCUACUUAGCGUGACUUGGUACUUGUCUGGCGGCCGGCUUGCGCGCCUCUGUCGCUCGCGCCUCUCGAGGCCUAGAAAGCUCGUGGCAUCCCGCCGCUCGAGUCGCAGCCGUUGUCUCCCGUCGCUGGUACAAGAAGUAGUGGCAUCACUACCCUUCAAUCAGUCACCUCGGCCGCGUCGCUCUGCCCUCCCAUCCCAUCCCAGCAACCUGACCCGGCUCAACGCCCUCACACCUUCGAGCCUUCACCAUGCUUACCUUUAGUCACCUCAACGCCGACAGCUUCGAGUCGCACCUCAAGGCUGGUCGCAAGCGCCCUCGGGUACGUGAAGCUGUCUCGUGCUGGCAGUGUCGCACCCGCAAAAUCCGCUGCGACCGCGAGUUGCCGUGCAAGCAAUGCCAGGACCGCGGAGUCCCCCACGACUGUAUCUACGGCUCCUCCAAGGACCAGCACCUCUCCCCACAGCCUCCCGCCUCGCGUGUCUCCAAGAGAUCCACUCCGGCUUCAUCUCGCCAGAAUAGCCCGGCGUAUUCUCGUCCGAACACCCCGUCCCUGUCUCGCCAAAAUUCCCCACAACCUCCCCCGAUCCAGAUCCACACGCCCCCUGACAGCUCCUCCUCUCGCGGAGAGACUCCCGAGCCGGCAUCGGGUAUUGAGAUUCGGGAGCCGCCCUUUGCGUCAAUCGGCAAUGCAUUCCAGGGCUCCACUUUCAAGACCCGCAUGGUCGGCCUGAGCCACUGGAUGGCGCCCUGCAACGAGAUGACGGUUGUCAAGGCCAUGCUGGACCACUCUGACGAGUUCCAGACUAGCCGCAAGUCCUUCGGCGAGCUCAAGUCGUUACUUCGUGCCCGCAACGCAAUCCCGGCGCCCAUGCCCUCGGGCAUGUCCGAGAGCAGCAGUCUGCGGAGUCUGCUCCCACCGCGGCACGAGUGUGAGGGGUGGAUGGCCCAGUACCGUCGGACCUAUGGCCGCAUUUACAGAGUUCUCGAGCCAGAUGUCAUGGCAAGCGAGUUCGAUCGGAUAUGCGCAGGGACCCUCGACAACCCGGUCCACAUCUGCAAGAUCCUCUUGGUGACCGCCAUAGCCAUGCAGAACGACGAGUCGGAACGGCUUCACGGUCGACGGAUAGCAAGACAGGUGGAAGACUGCAUCCACAACUCGCCCCGCUUUCAGAAGCCGUGCGUCGGUGUGGUGCAAGUUCUGCUCCUCCUCUCCAUCAUGAAGACCAUCUCGGCCUCCGACAAUGACAAGAUCUACGAAGCAAUGGCCCUUCAGGGGCUCACAAGCCAGAUCAUCUCGAGCAUGGGUCUCCACAAGAACCCCGCUUAUUUUUCAGAGGUCACUCCCUACUAUGCCGAGAUCAGGAAGCGUCUCUGGUCGUGUUUCCUGCGGCUCAACUUGGAAUACUGCGUCCGCAGCGGAACGCAGUGCAACCUUCGCCUCAAGGAGAGCGACUGCCCGUUGCCCACGUUGACAAACCUGCGGGCUCUCAACCCAGAUCCGGCCGCCCAAGGUUAUGAGCUCGAGUCUGACAAGCAGAUGGAAGCUGACUUGGCAUUUGGCAUUGCCUCCGCAAAGCUAGCCAGGAUCGUUGCGCCCGUGUACCAGGGCCUCUACUCGCCGAAUCCCAAGACAACGCGGCUGCAGAGCGAGAUCCGGGCUUCCUUCAGUUCGCUCCUGGCCGAGCUCCCUGCCGGCUUGAAGCCUGGCGCCCAAACCUUUGAUCCGGUUGAGGAAGUACAGCAGUCCUUGAUUUCGAUCCCGAUGCACAGCUUCUUGACCAUACUCUCCUUUGGAAAGGCGGCGAGCGAUCCCGCCGACUCGUCGCAGCGCAGCCAUCUCAUGGAGAUCUGGGACGACGCGACGUCGGUCUUGCAUCAGUUCGAGAAGAUUUGCUCGACUUCGCAAGACACUACCAACAUGGCCUGCCAUCUACUCUGGACAGAUGCAGGGCGAGCUGCUCUGACAUCAUGUUUCAUCAUCGGCCGUCUCCGUCGGCUGGACCUCCGCCGGAUCAUACCACACCCACAGCAUACGUCGUGUGUGUUCCAGCAGCUCCUGACAAAGGCCCUCUUGCUUUUAACCCAGCUCUGGCAGAGCAGAUUCCACCAGGGGCCCGUAGCAGCCAAGAUGAAUCUCAUCUUAGCCGUCAGCCUAGAUGUUACAUGCAAUCUGUCCUCGCCCAACCACAGUUCCCCCAGCACGCAGCAGAGGCUAGUGGAGCAGGGCGUUGCAACCGCCGAACGGCUAAUUGCUGACAUGAAGCUCACCCUGCAGCCACAAUGUCAGCAGCCGCCCCCCAUACCCGCCGAUCUGGUUACCACACCCUCUUCGGUCCUGCCGAGCCCGGGCUCGAGCAUGUUCUCUGCUUGGCCUGCGGAGAGGAUGACGUUUCUAGGCCACUCCGAGACAUCAUCUAGUGCGGGCAGCACGCCGUUCUUGGAUCAUGACUUCAUGCCUCUUGAUUUUCCAACCGAUGUUUCAUUCAGUUCAUUCAUGUCCAACUUCAGCUUCUCAACAGACCCAACUGGAGGCAUGGGCCUAGAUGACCCCACCCUAGCACCCUUUGACGAUUCACCCAUGGAAUCGCUCUGGGAAUAGUGAUACCCCGUCAUAUGCAGACGUCUUUUAGUUUACUCUUCUACCUUUCUACCAAUGUUUCACAUUCUCCCUCUCUCUUCUUUCCUUACUAGCACGCUUUUGAUAUCCAGUGCAAUGCGAUUGGUAGAGGUGAAUGCAAGGACACAAUAGCGCUUGAGUGUUUGGGCGGCGCGCAAUGUAUUUCACCAUGGUUAGUGGUUAUCUUUGUCCCUAGAACUACUGACUGCCUGUAUCCAUCUAGAUUAUAAGAUCCCGAUGAAAGAG